AAUAAGUACCGACUAUAAGUGGAACCGCAUAUAUGUACUUGGUUGUUUCUUUGCUUUUGACACCUCGAUUGCUAGACCGGUAUUGGUAGUUUUGUAAUGAGUUCUUUGCUUUUAAGGUAGAAUUUAGAGCAGGAUAAAUUGUUUUUUUCGUAGCCUUCUUGUGAAUUUGUAUUAAAAAAUGGAAGACGUUCUUGAAGAAGUUGUUUCCUCUGAUGAUUUAAAGAAAUUUGAACGUAUAUAUAAUGAGCAAUUACGUUCAUCUGUUAUAACACAAAAAGCACAAUUUGAAUAUGCGUGGUGUCUUGUUAGAAGCAAAUAUCCUGCAGACAUCAGAAAAGGAAUAAUGUUAUUCGAAGAUUUAUAUUGCAAUCAUAGUGAUAGUGAGAAACGAGAUUGUCUUUAUUAUUUAGCUAUUGGAAAUGCUAGAAUAAAAGAAUACACGAAAGCUUUAAAUUAUGUCAGGUCAUUUCUUCAAAUUGAACCUGGAAAUCAACAAGUACAACAGCUGGAAAGAUUGAUCAAGAAAAAGAUGGAGAAAGGUUUUUUUUUUAUAAAUUAUUAUUGGUUUAGACAAGUAAACUUAUCAUUCAUUUUGAUUUGAGAUUUUAUGUUUUUGUAGUUUGCAUGCAAUGAAUUGAUCAUUUUAUUUUUUAUUACUUUCUGGAAUAAUAAUAUUUCAUUUAAAGUUUAUUAAUCAAUAAUAUUUCAAUUAAAGUUUAUUAAUCAAUUAAUUUAACAUACUAUGUCUUUAAAUAAUUUACAUAUAUUUUGAGUUAAAAAGUCUGCAUAUUAUAAACAUGAUAAUUUCAUUAUGCGUACUAAAAAAAAAGUACAAAUAUUUUAUAUCUGCAUAUACAUAUUAUUUACAUUAUGUAAUAGAAGAAUUGUGUUUUGCAUAUUUUUAAUUUGAAUAGUGCUACAUUAAUGUCAAUGUAAAUUUAUGGUUGUGAAUCAGAAUGUACCUUGUACUUCUUAUCUAAAAUGAUAGUAUUUAUCAUUUAAUUAUCAAAUAAGUCUUUUUAGAAUUUUUAUGGAAAUACUAAUUUUAUAUUAUUAAUUUUUCCUAUUCUUUUUGAAUGUAUGGUGUAAUGUUUUACACGUUUAAUAAAAAUAGUAUUAUACAAAAAAUCUUUUUAAUACCUUUACAGUAUUUUUUUUUCGUAUGAUAUAUAUGAAUAUUUUUCAUAAAUAUAUAUUUUUUUCAUUAUAUGAAUUUAACACUACUGAAAUAAAUUUUUAAGCUAUUGUAAGGAUUAUUUUUUUUUUUACAGAAGGUCUUUAUGGUAUGGCCAUUGCAGGAGGAGUUAUUAUUGGUAUUGCAAGUAUUCUGGGCCUCAGCUUUGCUAUGGUCAAAAGAAACUAAAUAAUUCAUGUGGAAAAACUUAUGAUUUUUGUGUGAUGCGAAACAGUUACUUUGUACAACGUGUUAUACACAAUUUGUUAAUUUAAAUAACCAAAGAUUUUGUCCAAAAAAGGAGAGAAAACGAAACAGAUAGUCAUUUUAUGCAAAUUAAGUAAACUGCGAUGCGAUUCGUAAUGUAGAAUGUCAAAUUUAUUUUUACAAAUAACAUAAAUAAUGCGUCAUGCGAACAAUUUAUAGCAAUAAAUAUUGCUUGUGUCAAUAUGUGUAUUAUUUUUUAAACUUUCGCAAUAUGAAUUGCUUUCGCUCAUGUAUUAAAAAAUCAUAUGUACUUUCUUUUUAAAUUGCAAAAAAUAAUUUUUUAAUAAUAUAUUACAUUAAUUUUUAAAAGAAAGACAUUCCGGAUUCGUAUUUUGCUGUUUAAUCAUUUAUAUAUAUAUAUAGUGCCUUGCUUAAUUUAAAUCUACGUAUGUUUCUUUCAACACCUCAGUACAUAUAAACAUAGCUUUUGUAUAUAAAAAUAAAAAUAUUGUAUCAUCCUAUUUAUGUGUAUUGUUACUUACUUAUGAUAAUGAAAUAAAUGUGUGUACUUAUGUCAACUAAUUUUUAUUUUAUAACUAUUUAAAUAUACUUUGCAUAAUCAAAAUAUUUUCAUAUACAAGGAACAAAAAAAAAGUUAAUAUAUUAACUUACCACUAUAUAUAUAUUUAUUAAUAAAUAUAAUAGAUUUAAAGCAAAUCAGUUUUAUCUUUUAAUGACUGAAUUUCGUUUUAAGAGGAAAUAAAUAAUAAAUCAAAAUAACAGAUAAUAAAGAAAAGAGGAGAAAGAUUGAAAGGUGAAUAGAUAUUAAAGAUAAAAUCAUACGGAUUGUCUUUUUAUAUAUAGAUUUAUUGAUGACUUCUUAAUAUCCGUUGAUAAAGUUGUUUAUGUACAAAAUAACGCUGGAGUAUUCCUAAAUAUUAUUAUAUUUAGUGACCUAUGUAAUGGCCAGGGACUCGCUAAAACCACUUUCUCCCCGUUCGAUUUUACAAGUUUACGCGUUCGCUUAGUUUUUACGCCAAAAUACAGAGCGCCGCUACUAUUUCGCUUGAGCACCUCCGCGUUUCCCUCGGCCUCCUCUCUGUUUUGUCUCUUCCGACAUAUAUAUUUACAUGUUCGACUAUAUCAGCCGCCACAAGGGUGGUGAAGAGGAAGCUGCUGGAACUGGGAUUGCACUCAUGUUUUUAUUAUAUACUUUAAUAGAGAUUCAAUAAGUGGGAGAAAAUUGUAUCGUAUAGGCGAUGAAUAA